CCGGCGGCGUUGCUAUGGGGACGCGGCCUAGUCGCAGCUGCCAGAGCCUGCGUGGGGCGCGAGUCACGAGCCUGCCGGGCGCUAGCCCCGGGGAGGGCGGGAGCGGUGCUGCCCGCAGAGCUUAAAUUGAAGAUGGCAUCGUGUCUGUACGAAUGCCUUUGUGAGGCAGAACUUGAAAAAUAUUAUCCUCAGUUUGUUGCCCUUGGCCUUCAGAAGAUAGAUGAACUAGCCAAGAUUGCCAUGAAAGAUUAUGCCAAACUAGGGGUCCAUAACAUGAAUGAUCGCAAGCGCCUCUUUCAACUCAUUAGAAUCAUCAAAAUUAUGCAGGAAGAAGAGGAAGGCGCAGACACAACCAAGCAAGAUUUUCAACCAUGUGACCUCUACAUCCAGCCUCAGGUGACCAGGUCAGGUCCUCGUAGACAACUACAUUUUGAGUCCCUCUUUGAGAAAAAGGAUGGAACAGGUAAAGACUGUGAACUUGAAUUGCAGAGUUUCUCUGAUUUCUGUGCUAACAAAGAGAAGGAAAGUUUGGUGGAAAUGUUAGGACAUGUUCUACCAGGGGACUCAGAGGACAAUAAAAUAACCAGAAGAGACAUCCUGAAUGUUCCUGGAACAUGCACACAAAAUGAACUGGACUGUCCUACAAUAUAUUCAUCAAAUAAUAUUGCCCCUCUAUUGGGGGAUUCUGAAGCUCCCAUCAUACAAAGAGUAACUCAUAUUUCCGGGUAUAAUUAUGGACUACCUCAUUCUUGUAUCAGAUCUAGUACCGCUGAGAAGGAGAUGCCGUGGACAGAGACUGACAAAAUCCGAGUGUGUGUCAGAAAACGCCCGCUGGGCCUGAGAGAGGAGCGUCGGGGGGAAGUUAAUAUCAUCAGAGUGGAAGAUAAAGAAACUCUUCUUCUCCAUGAGAAGAAGGAGGCAGUUGAUCUUACCCAGUAUAUUUUGCAGCAUGUUUUUUAUUUUGAUGAAGUCUUUGGGGAGGCAUGUACCAAUCAGGAUGUGUAUAUGAAGACUGCUCACCCCCUCAUUCAGCACAUUUUUAACGGAGGCAACGCCACUUGCUUUGCAUAUGGACAGACUGGUGCUGGCAAGACUUACACUAUGAUAGGGAGCCACCAGAACCCAGGACUCUAUGCACUGGCUGCUAAAGACAUCUUUAGACAACUAGAGGCAUCCCAGUCAAGGAGAGAGCGCCGUGUAUGGAUCAGUUUUUAUGAGAUCUACUGUGGGCAGCUUUAUGACCUGCUAAAUGGAAGGAGAAGACUUUUUGCAAGAGAAGAUAGUAAGCAUGUUGUACAAAUAGUUGGCCUGCGUGAGGUUCAAGUGGAUACCGUAGACCUACUAUUAGAGGUAAUUUUGAAGGGUGGGAAGGAGCGUAGCACUGGGGCGACUGGAGUCAACUCCGAUUCCUCCCGUUCUCAUGCUAUCAUCCAGAUUCAGAUUAAAGACUCUGCAAACAGAAUGUUUGGGAGGAUCUCUUUCAUUGACUUGGCUGGCAGCGAGAGGGCAGCUGAUGCCAGAGACUCAGACAAACAAACAAAAAUGGAAGGAGCAGAAAUAAACCAAAGCCUUUUAGCUUUAAAGGAAUGUAUUCGGGCUCUGGAUCAGGAACAUGCUCAUACUCCUUUCCGGCAAAGCAAAUUAACUCAGGUACUAAAAGAUUCUUUCAUUGGAAAUUCUAAGACGUGUAUGAUAGCUAAUGUGUCACCUAGCCACAUAGCUACGGAACACACCCUGAACACGUUACGAUAUGCUGACAGGGUAAAAGAACUGAAGAAAGGGAUUAAAUGUUGUACCCCUGUCACAAACAGACGUCAGAUAGCUGGAAAUGUAUCUCCAAAACGUAUCCAAAACUCUCCUUCCACGCAUGUGGGAGAUAAGAGCUCUCCAAAGAAAGUAAAACUAGGACUCCAUCAUCCUUUAAGUUCUUUGAGAAUAAAGGCAUCCCCUUCAGUGUUCCAUCCAACCAAUGUCCCUUUUUCCUCUACCCCAAAAGGAGCCAAGGGUCAUGCCCACAAAGGAAAUCCAAGCUCACCCUGGCUCAAUCACACCAGUCCCAUUAAAGGAAUGCUAAAGAUAGGGCAUCAUCCCAUGAAGAAAAAGAUUGAUGAUCUGACACUGCCAUCUGAGAAGCAUCAUACUGCAAAAGAUUGUGUUGCCGCUACAGCUGCAGUCCCAGAGACAAGAGAGAGUGGGCAAGGAGAUAAUUGUAUUCAAGAUAAACAGCCUGUCAGAUGCCUGAAAGUACAGACAGUGCAACCUGUACAAAAACAGCUCAUUUCCAGAAACGGCUUUUCCUUUGGAGAUGGAAAUCACCCAUCAGACAGCAGUCAGCGCUCUGCAAAUGUUUUUACCAAACAGUGCAUUGAAACCUGGGCAAAGCUCCCUCCACAUCAGAAAGAAAGGGAACAACAUUUGCGCCUUUACCACCAGCAGUUUCAGCAGCCACCUAUUCUACAGCAGAAGUUGAACUAUCAACCACUUGAGAGGUUUUUAGCCCAAUACAAGCCCCAGGAAAUUAGAGUUAAACAAGACCGGAGCCUUCCUCCCACGGACUCCCAAUGCAAAGAGGGGAUGCUGCUGGAAGACCUGGACGACAGUGAUUUUAGUGAAGACUCUUUCUCACCUAUAUCCAACCAAAGGAAAGUUAAAAGAAACACCAGUGAGAGCAGCCAACUUUCAUUUUUCCUUCAUCAGAGAGAACAAGAAAGUGAGGAGGAGAAAGGCCGAGAGAGACAGGGUUUAUUUUUCGAACAUGCAACACAUACACAAGAGCAUGAACUUAAUGACAGCUGGGACUAUGGGAAGGGCUUUGCAUUUCCAGAACCGGGGGAGCCCAUUAUAGAUGGAGAAAGUAGCAAGACUCAGUCUGACUGGAGCACAGAGGAUGACUUCACUAUUGAUUCUUCUGUGAACAAUAAUACUGCAGAAAAACCUUAUUGCUUGCGGGAAGAACUUGUCAGUACCUGGAAAAACAGCAAAGAUUUACCCCCUGAUCACAAACAAUACAAAUCCGAAUACAGACAUCUAGUUUAUCCCGGUGAAAGCUCCUCAUUCCCAGAAAAGGGGACACAAAGUUCACAUGUUCCCCACGUACUGGAUUCAGGGACUACAAAAUGCAACAAGAGCAGUCUUCCACGUGCACAAAGGGAAGAAUCCAUCAAAGACGGACAAGCUCCAGUUGCAGGAAACUUAGAAGGGAAGAAACUAAAAAAUGGAACUAGCCCCUGUGGAGCUUUCAAUACUUCAUCAGAAUUCACUUCUGAGCUGAUGGCCCCUCUGACAAUGUCUCUCCUUGACAGUGAGGAGGCAGCUGAUCAAGAGAACAUCCUUUCUGAUCAGGAAAAGGCUCUCCAAGUGAAACAGAUGUUGGAAAGAAAAACCUGUAGCCCCAGCAAAAGAUUAGAGGGAGAGGCCAGGCAGUUUCCUAGAAAUAAAGCCUCACCAACGGGCAGCAUGCCAGAGCUGGGUGAACAAAUGUAUCACGGUGAAAGGAAGUCCACUCUGCAGCACUCCCCACAAACUGAGAACAAGCGGCUCUCGCCGUCCUGUCGUGAUGCAAAGCCUUCUUGUAGCCUUGGAGGUUCAUCUCCAUGGAACACACAUCAGAGUUCUAUUAAUGGUUUAUCUGUCCGAGAUGAAGACUUGACAGAAGCAUCAGCAUCUGUGAGAGUCAAAAACCCUUGUGGAGAGAAUGAAGAUGAAUUGUUGCUUCGUAACUUAAAGUGCAGAGAAUACCUGGAUAACAGCAGGCAGUAUGAUGCUGAUUCUGAGAAUACCACUGGUAGCCUGUUGAGCGGCCCAGAAAAAUCUAGCAUGGGUAAAGGACCCAAUGCUGGGCCCCCGUCUCAGACUGUACAUGCUGAUUUGCCUGAAAAGGGUUACUUUUCAUGUGCACCAUCCAUUCUGAAUGCAGGAAGAGUGGAGUGUACAACUUCAUCCCCCUCCAGAGAAAGCAGCCCACUGCAGUCCAGAUCAGAAUUCAGGAGCAAGGACUUGAACCAUGCUGAAGAUACAUUCAAGUUGUCAUUCAGUGGUGAGGAAAUAGGGCUGCUUAAGAAUAAACUGAUGCAAAGUAUUUUUACACAAGACUGUUUUGAUGCUGCAGAACAGGAUUCAAGAUCCGUUACCAAAGAGAUCAGAUCAUUAGCAAAUCAAAACACUCGCCCAAAUCCAUCCAUCAUUAGCGCCCAGAUUGAUACGUCAGAAACAUCAAACCGGCACAGAGAAGCCCUGGGAAAGGCACAGCAGCUUGUGAUUCAAGCCCAUCGAGAGCAGCUGGAUGAAAUGGCAUCCCUGUGUUUUAAGGAAGAGACCUUGAUCAAUCAGAUGUCGGCAGCAGAUUUUGAAAAGUAUGUGACCAAACUGGACGAAAUCCUGAUGCUGAAAUCAAAGUGUAUCCAAAGCAUGCGAGCCCAGCUUCAGCUCUAUUUAGCCUGGCCCGAGACUGACGCUACCCUGCAACGAACUACACCACCUUAGUCCGCUUCGGAUUGCAUUCAUCCCACACGGACUAGUUCCGGCAACACAUGCUCACUAUUUCCCCACCGGUGGGGGUUAGGUUCCCCUGCAGCAAGGGAGGUGGUUAGUGUCAAGUUUGGUGUUUAUGAUUAACAUAUAUUUUAGAUAACGGCUGAGAGAAAUGUAAGUCAAUGAGAAAUCUUUAUAGAUCGGGUUUGAAGCCAGGGGCUCUGCAUUCCCAGGUCCAUCCUUCUAAUAGGAAACCAUAUGCUUUGAAGCAAUAAUUCUGUCGCCUUAAAAUGCACCCUGCAGCAGCAGGAGUCCCCGGGUGAGGUUUUCAUACUCGCUCCUCUCGUUAAAGGCACUUGUGUGCUGCUGAGAAAAUGACGCAAAGGAAAACCCUUUGAAACCAGAAAAGUCUGAAAAGAAAUAUUCCAGACUUACAAGAACGGUUUUAAGAAGCGAGUGAGGAAAUGAAGGGGAACAGCUGUUUGCUGGAGUAAAAUAACCAGGCAGGCGUUCAAUGAAAAUCUAGUUCGAGCCAGACUGGUUUAUAGUUUCGGAAGAACCAAGGAGGUGGCUACAGUCAGUCUGUGCCCGGUACUAACAUUGCAGACCUAGUGCAAGGAUGCUUUAAGUGAUGGACAAUAAAUGACUUCUAAGAAGGCUCAUAUGCAAGAGAACUUGCACUGAAAGUUCACAUGCUGCUGCCUGUAUUGAUUUUACAUUGGUGCCAGUGUAUCUUGGCCUAGUGGCAAGUGGGAUGGCUGUGGGUCUGUCCACUGCUGCAGCUUACGCAGUAGUACAGUUCUCCCAUUCAGAUCAAACUGCAGAACUGAUUUCCCCCCUCAGAGCCAGCUGCAAAAUAUCACCAGCUUGUUGUGUUUGGGUUUAGACCCUCAUUAGCCUCACUAUUUCCUGAAGUUGGCUGCUGAAUCCCACACCUCAGAGCCAUCAACUAGAUCCCUCCACAGAUACAACGGCCAGGUCUCCGACGUCCCACGUUUGCUCCACAAAGGAGUAUACCAGCUUAAGCCAUAAGUGACCUUGAAGAAUGUGCAGCUCAGAUCAUGUACUCCAGAAACUGAACACAUUCUAAAAUCUAUUCUCAGAGGAAUCUGAGUUUAUAAAGAACUUGGACAUAGGCAAAAGGGGCUUGGUCAAAAUAUUGGAGUUAAUCAUAAAUGUCAGGGGUGAAGUAACAGUGUAUCCUCUGAGAAUCUGCAACCAUAACUGCACUGGAGCCUGGGCUUGUGACAGGCAGUAGUACAGUAACCUUUCAGCUAGACAGACAGACAGUGUUAGCUAGUGGCUUGGGGCUCUGCAAAGGUAACCCCUGUGCAAAUGCUCCUAGAAACUUUACAUAUAACAAAUGCUCAGGAACAGAAUUCUAAGGCAAGAAAUAUGUAAAGCAACCUUAAAUUCAGAAGUGAUCUUUCAAAGUUCUCUGACUUCCCUUGCUGUCAGGUCUCCCUCUCGCAACCGGCUGGCUUAUCUCUGGGAGCAGAGAGGCUGUAUUCCAAGAUGUGAGGAGUUAAGGUUUUUCAUGUAUUCAGAUUACAAGCCAGCAUCAAGUCACAGUUGAAACCAGCAGCUCCAGGAAGCCAGCCAGGUUGCCUUUGCCUCUUAGAAAGCAGCUUUCACUCCUCAGGGAAAUGAGGCAUUCAGACAUGGAGCGAGAAAGUACCUGUUUUAUAUCCUUUAAGCAUAAUACCUUGGCAUGUACCAAGGCAGACAUGUUUGAUAGUCAGUAGUCAAGG